AGCUUCCCCUAGUCCCAGGCCUGUAGCCAAACUAAUAAUAAUUGCAAAGUUAUCAUUAUUUAAACGUUACCUUUUGACUUACUGUACUUCAGAGCUCAAAGCUCUGAGGUCAGCUACUUGCAUUUUCCUGUCAAGCUCUAAUGAUAUAUGACAGGACCAAAGCUGCCAGGCAAUGGCCAGAAAGAAUCAAGUUAACUCUUUACUCAGAAGUUCCACUAGCUUUCUGCUCCUGCCCAUUGCACACAAUGAUUCUCUUCAGAGUCCCAGUGUUUUGACUUAGCUGUGCUAGCAUAAGAUUUUACAUAUUCUAUACUUUCUUAUCCAGGAACCACUCUCAAAUGUUGUGCAAAACUUACUUCAUAACUUGAAUAGUUUUUUUCCCUUUUUCGGGGAUCCCAAUGUUUGCUUUAAUUCAUUUUCUAAUAAUUUCUUCACACGUUCUUUGCAAGUCAAGCAUUAACCUGUAACUACCAUUGUGCAAUUAUUAGAUUGUUUCCAAGAUGAGAACACAUAGCAUUCACCUAGGCCAUUAGGACUGUGCUGUGCUAUACCCCUAAGCCUCAAUUUUUAAUUGUUUAAGAAUCAUUACAUCAGGGAACAUUUAGUUUCAUAGAAUUCACCAGAGCAGAAGGAAAAAGAAAUAGGAAAGCCAGAUAUAAUAGGAUAAUUAUGCACACCAAGGCCCACUGUAAAGAAGUCACACACAAAUGAAAUCUAUAAAGUCGUAGUCCAGGGCUUUGAUUAGGAGAAAUGGAAACAACUGUUUUUUACAAAGAGCUGUCCUGGAGACUGAGAUGUCUCUUUCCUGGCCUACUGCAGGCAGUCCCUUAUUUCAGAUGGUGGAUCCCCUGGAGGGAUGUGUUGCCUGCUUCUCAGGAUCCUAGACAGUCAGCACUUUUUUUUUAAACAAGGAGCCUGUUGAUUGUCUUCCAGCUCUAGGCAUGGGCAGGAAUCAGAAGGGUCCUGUCCCUGAUUGUUCCUAGGUCCUUGCACCCAGAAGGCACAGUUGGUACUAGGUGAUUCCCUCUUGGGUCUGGAAUGUGGGAAGAGGGUUGUCUCCUCUGAUUUCUCAGGAGUGUCUGCACUUCUGAGGAUCCAGCUCUCUCUCCCACAGGAUUUGGGUGCAGGGAGUUCUUUGGCCGGUUCAGUUCAGUCCUUCGGGCAGACCAGAACCGCAGGUACCGGGGACUGACUGGUUCCUGUUUUCCUGUGUCCAGAAGCACUGUGCAGUUUCCCAUUGGACCAGGGAUGUGGGCAGGAGUAUGCAGAAGUGGCAGUCUGUCCUACAGUCUCAGGGUGUCUGACCUCAGGUUUUUUUAUUCUAUGGAUUUUUGUGGUGUCCUUGACCCCUCUUGAGAAAUACAAAAUAGAAAACUAGUCCCUAGAACUUUUGCCAGUCUGAUAUUUAACGUGUCCUGGGAGUGUUGUCUGAUGACCGACUCAUUGAUGGGUCCAGGAAGCAAACUCUAAUGAGAAUGAUGAGUCAGGGACUGGGUUCCAUCUUUUUUCACAGCCAUCAGGAUGAACAGGAUCAUGAAGAGGGCUCGUUUUCACGGUGUGCCCUGGGAACUUCUUUUGUGAUCUAGCAUUCAGCCUGUAAAGUGGGACAAUGGAUGUCAUAUCACUCCUCUGUAUCUGUUUCCUGCCAACCUUAGGAUGGGCAAAGGGAUACUGGAAGGCUGAGAUGCUAGUCAAUGGGGGAUUUAUCAGACGCUGGUACUGAUGAAAGAGAAGGAACUAUCACACCAGCUGGACUGGUUAACAUCAGCUUUUAGCAUUUCCAGAGUUCAGCAGUCCCACAGGUGAUCCCUGGAUCCCUGGAUGGAGUCUGUCAGCCAGGUGAAAGAGUGCUGAGAUGAGUGCAGACUCGCAACAGAAAUUGAAAUUGUCUAGUAGUUGAGGAAGGUAAGAAAUCCCAACACCAAGAGGAAAAUCCCAUUUUUAAGAAUAAACAGGGGUUUUGUCCCAGUCACCAUCAACCUCAGUUGCAGCUGUGCCUUGCUCCUCAACUUGGCACUAAUGCCUACAGAGACAGAGAGAUGCAUUGAGUCCCUGAUUGCUCUUUUCCAAAAGUACAAUGGGAAGGAUAAAAAUAGCUGUCAACUCUCCAAAACUGAGUUCCUUUCCUUCAUGAACACAGAGCUGGCCACCAUUAGGAAGAACCAGAAAGACCCCAGUGUCUUUGACUGCAUGAUGAAUAAGCUGGACCUCAACAGUGAUGGGCACCUAGAUUCCCAAGAGUUUCCCAACCUUAUUGGUGGCUUAGCUAUAGCAUGCCAUGAGUCUUUCCUUCAGACUUCCAAGAAGAAUAUCUAACCCUGUCCAUUCACUUCCUGCCAGCAAGUCAUCACCUUCUGCACCCCCACACCCCAUCCACACCUGGGCUAAGCCUACCACACAUACCACACAUGCAGCCCACACCUGAUUGGGAAAAUAAAACAAUGUCAUUUUUUAAUGUAAAAAAAA